AUGGAGCGCGAGAGGAACAAGCGGGAGAGGCGCGAGAUGGAGCUCGCUCUCAUUGCGUCCGGCAUGGGGCGCGGCGGGGGCAGUGGGGGAGCAUCCAGGGGUGAAGACGGCGGUCACGCAGCAGCUGGCGGCCAAGAUCGAGACGGCGGAAGAAAAAGGGUGACAUGUUCAACGACGACCCCUACGGAUUUUGCCACUGCCACCAGUCCGAGCUUCACACCAACAAGCAGUGUCGUUUCCAGCAGCAACUGCGGCGCGCGCGUUCGAGAGAGGGCGCCGAGGAACGCCGCUCGGGAGGCGGCAGCCGCGGUGGCGGCGGUAGCCAGCGAGGGGGUAAACCGCCGCCGAGGCCCGGCCGCGGUGGCGGGCGAUGGGUGGGGAUUGAAGGGCAGCAGCACCACAUCGGUCAUGGUGGCGGUGGCUGGAANGCCGCUACUACCAGUCCGAGCUUCACACCAACGAGCAGUAUGGUCUCCAGCAGAAACUGCGGGGCGCGCGUUCGAAAAGGGGCGCAGCGGAACGCCGCUCGGGCGGCGGCAGCCGCGGUGGCGGCGAACCACACCGGUCAUGGUGGCGGUGGCUGGAGCCAAGCCUCACCCACCCCGAGACCUCUUCGUGGACGUGGGCCUGGUGGUCGUCUGGGGCGUCACCCGGGGGGUCGUGGGCCCGCGGGACGCCACAGCAGCGACGGUCGUGCCGAGAGAGAGCGGGCAGGGAGAGGCCCGGGGCACGCGCGUUCUGGCCAUGGAAGAGAGUAGGCGUACGUUGUGUACUACGCCCACGAUGAUGGUGGCUACAACGAAGACUACGACUAUGGAUACUUCUACGACGACGGCUUCCGCGACGCCGGGCAUCGUGCUCACGGGCAAGCUGGAACCGUGCACUGACUGCAUGCGGGCGAAGGGCAGGCGAGGGUCGGUGCCGCGGGGGCCGGGAGCGCGGGCGUCUAAGCCCCUCGGGCGUGUUCACCUGGACCUGUGUGGACCGCUGGUGCCUUCCCUGGGCGGCAACCUCUACCUGUUCGUCGCCGUGGACAGCGCCUCGCGGUGGAACAACGUCUACGGUCUCCGGCGGAAAUCCGACACGCUGGCGGCAACGACAAGACUGCUGGCGGACGUGGGGCGGUACGACCUCGGGCGCAUCGAGUGUUUCCGCGUCGACAACGGCACCGAGUGGACCUGCGGCGACUUCCGGCGCUUCUGCGACGACAACGGCAUCGGCGUCGAGUUCACCCCGCCUGGCGUUCCGCAGUACAACGGCGUCGUCGAGAGCGCCAUCUGGCGCAUCAUGAAGGCCGGCAUGGCCGCCCGCCACAGCGCUGGCUGUGAAUUCAACGUCGACUUCGCCUCCAUCCCCGGCCUCGACGCGCGCGGUGACCGUCGUUGGAUGGAAUCGGCGAAAUGGGCCGCUCUCAACCACUCGGCGACCAAGGCUAACCCCGGGCGGCGCUCGCCGCACGCGAUGUUCACCGGCGAGCAGGGGCCUUUCCGCGUGCUGCCGUUCUUCCAGCCCGGCUUCAUGCGUGAGGAUCGCCGCACCAAGCUCGACGACCAGGCCACCCUCUGCUACUACGUGAACGGCGGCGACAACUACCCGAGCGUCACCGUCAAGGUCCUCAAGGCGUCCACCGGCCGCGUCGUCUACACCAACAACGUGUCGUGGGUGACGUCGGCGCCAGCCGGCGAGGGGGGUUCCGCUGCCGCCCUAUGCCACUUCACCGUCACCGUCGGCGACCCCCGCUCCUGGCCAGCCGUCCUCUGCCGCUUCACCGUCACCGCCGGCGACUCCCGAUCCAGNGCCGCCAGCGACCACGCCGCCGCCCGCUCCCACGCCUUCACAGCCGCCCUAUGCCACUUCANCGACACCCCCCCCGUUCACGCCGCCGGUCGUCUCGAUCAACUUGGGCCCACCACCGACGCCUUCGACCGCCACACCGCCACCGCCAGCGCCCACGCCGUCGCCCGCUCCCGCNGGACCCGGGGGCUGGAGGAGCGGGCUUUCCACUCGCAUUUGCCACGCUCAUCGUNGCCCGCUCCCACGCCUUCACAGCCGCCCUAUGCCACUUCACCGUCACCGUCGGCGACCCCCGCUCCUGGCCAGCCGUCCUCUGCCGCUUCACCGUCACCGCCGGCGACUCCCGAUCCAGACCAGCCGCCGUCGCCGCCGGACCCCACGAUGCCCCCGCUUACGGCUCACGCCAUGCGGCAGCUUCGCCCGGGUACAAAGGCCGAGGGAGCUGGGGAGGGCGGCGGAGGGCCGGGGGGAGCGGGGGGCGGAGAGCAGGCGGGAGUACUCGCAGCGGUGGACCCGGGGGCUGGAGGAGCGGGCUUUCCACUCGCAUUUGCCACGCUCAUCGUCAACCGGGAAGACAUCGACGCCACGCUGCGAGACCAGCGCCUGCCGGAGCAACGCCCUGACCUUCCGCACUGCCAGGCCAGCGACCUCAGUGUUCCAAAGAGCUAUGAAAUGGCCAUGGCGUCGGAGCACCGGCACCUGUGGAGCGACUCUACGCAAAGGAAGUUUUUAGCUUGUUGGAAGCGGGGACUCUUACUCCGGCGAAGUGACAUUUUUGCUGUGGGAGAGAGGGAGAGAUAUGACAAGUUUGGCGCCGACCUUAACAAGUCCGUGCCAGUGAAGAACCUGGGAGAGUUGAGAUGGUAUUCUGGGUGCAGUUACGAGAGGAACAAGGGAGACCGGCUAUGCGAGGAGGACGAGUCACUUUGGUAUUUCAUUUCAGAGAAGUGCGGUAAAGGGUUCAGUUUGCAGGGGUACGCUGACGCGGACUUUGCAAGCAAGGCAGCAGACCGUAGGUCGGUAUCAGGGGGGAUCGUCACGUGUGGAGGAGGCGCUGUGUCUUGGUUUUCCAGAACGCAGAAGGGUGUUACGCUUUCGGAGACUGAAGCAGAGUACUUCGCGCUUGGUGGCAUAGUGAAGGAGACCUUGUUUUUGAGGCAGAUUUGGCGUUUCAUGUUGCCGCAGGUCGGCAUGCCGUGCAUCCCAGUCUUCGAGGACAGCCAGGGGGCGAUUCAACUAGCGCAGAACCCCAUCUCAAGCUCGAACUCGAAGCAUAUAAAUGUAAGGCACCAUUGUCUCAGAGAACUGGUAGAGAGGAAGGAAUACGCCCUCAAUAAGAUGCUCCAAACCGCAAAGUCCUUAACCGAGAAAGGACAAACUGUCAACGAAACGUUCGUCCUUCACCUCUUCCUGGAUGCCCUUUCGGACGAGUAUGCCAUGACAAAGCACAACCUGCGACACGCGAAGGAGUUCACGCGGACCGGUGUGCUAAAGGAAGUAAUGAUCGAGUACAAGGCGAUCAAAGACACGCUGGAGCAGGGGAAAGGAAAAGGGGCGAAGAACGCAGAGCAAGCGUACUUCGCCGACGGCGAGGGCCGCAGGGAGCGGUACUCAAGUAGGAGUCAGGGGCAAGGUCGUGGUCGUGGCGGCGGCCGUGGCCGCAGCAGCAGUCGUGGCCGCGGCGGAGGCGGUCGCGGCGGCGGCGGCGGCGGUCGCGGCGGCCGCUCAGACGGAUCCGGAGGAGUCGAGGAGAGCAAGGGAAGCAGCAGUGGAGGCGCCGAUGGCGGCGGUGGCGGGGACUAUAAGUUCCCGGGCCGGUGCUUUAGGUGUGGACAUCGUGGACAUCAAGCGAUCGGCUGCACUACCAACGAGAAGGACUUCGUACAGUGGUGUGCGCGCAGCGAGGGGUGGGGCCACACCAAAAAAAAGUGCGCGACGGAGGAGGCCGUUCUAGUGCAAGUGGUGGAGCAUGAGAGCGACGUGUACUCCGUGGAAGACCAGGCGUGGCAGUCCCCCCAGGCGAGUGUGCUGCUACCUCUCGAAGAUGACGAGGAGGGCGGGGAGGGCGAGAGCAGAGCGGAUGCAUCACGCCAAGGUUGGGGAGGGAAGACAGACUCAGAGAGUGAGUUCGACCUCGACGUGAUGGAGGCUCGUGGGCCACGGCAAGCGACGCCGGUUGUGCGCGAGGAGGCGCCGACGGCACCCGGCAACGGGAUUCCGGGGGACGGAGGCAGCGUUCCCCCGUCGCCCCCUUCGGGAAGAGGCGACUUCGGCGGAGACAGUGACAGCCCCACCGACAGCAGCAGCAGCAGCAGCAGCAGCAGCAGCCCGAGCAGCAGCAGCAGUGACGCCGGCGCUGCCGGUGGCCCGGGCGUCGAAGAGUCCGGCAACCCAGGUGGGGACGGCGGUAGCGAUGCUGAUCCCGGCGACCCCGAAACAUUCGAGGAGUUGACGUAUGAUCCAGCCGACGACCGCUACCCCCGCGGGCUAGAAGGGAAGAAACUCCUCUGGGGCGCCUCGAACGCUGACCCGCUGCGCCAUGGGCUUGAGAGUGGCUGCACGCGGAAGCAGACCCGGGAGAUGCAAGGUGCCGGGGAGAUGCCGGGCCCCGGAGAAACACCGGACCCGGAAGAGGCAUUGCUGGCGACCAUCCUGGAAACUGGCGGGACGGGGAUUGUUGCCGACUACAUCUGCAACUCGCUUGUGAAGGAGCAGUGGGACGAGGAGCAGACACGCCGUAUGGAGGAGGAGAUGUACAGGCGCGAGAUGCAGGAGGUGUUGGGCCCGGAACAGCAGGCGUUCGGGGCCGAGGUCGACUCCAGCGAGUCUUCGCAACCACUCCCAGACCCACAGCUAAGUAUGACCUCGCCAAUCGGACAGAAGCCGAGUGAUGUGGAAGCAGUACCGAUGACGUACAAGGAUGUGAUGUGUUCCAAGUACAAGGUUUUCUGGGAGGCGGCCAUGAAGAAAGAGAUAGAUGUCCACGACAAGACUGGAACCUUUACCAAGGUCAAGGAGCUGCCCGAGGGGCGGAAAGCCAUAGGUUCAAAGUGGGUGUUCUCUUGGAAGACGAAUGAGAAGGGCCUGGUAGUUGACUUCAAGGCCCGUAUGGUUGCGCGGGGAUUCUCUCGAAUCCCCGGCAUCGACUUCCACCACUCAUCCUCACUCUGCAGCUUCUAUCAAGACGGUGAUUGCCGUAGCCACUGAAAAGGGCAAGAAACUCGCUCACUGGGAUAUGAAGCAAGCGUACAUCCACGCUAAGUUGAAAGAAGAAAUAUAGACCUACCUCAGGUUCCCGGAAGGCUGUGGUAGCAUGUCCGGCAAGGUGGUCAAGGUUGAGCGUGCCCUGUAUGGCCUCAGCAGAGUGGCCGUGAGUGGGGCUUUGAGACUGCCGAUGCCCUCAUCGAGAAUGGAUACGAGCAGUGCAGGGUUGACCCGUGUGUCUUCCGGAAGGUGGUGGAUGGAGGGGUCGUAGGUGUCAUCGUGAUCUACGUUGAUGACAUCGUAGUGUCGGCAGACGAGGGAGAACGAGAGG